GUACGGUUAUGUUUGGCCGCGUUUUAUUUGGGUUUCUAACGUGUGAUGCAGCUUACUUUAUCUCACACGGGUUAAGGGAAUAAAAAAUGGCAGCUACCAGAGUGGAGUACACCAUUGGAGGGGUGAAGAUCCAGUUUCCCUGCAAAGCGUACCCAUCCCAGCUGGCCAUGAUGAAUUCAAUUAUACGAGGGCUGAACUCUGGGCAGCAUUGUUUGCUAGAGAGUCCUACAGGAAGUGGGAAGAGCUUGGCCCUGCUCUGUUCAGCUCUGGCCUGGCAGAGGGCACAGUAUGCUAAACUUGAACAAAAAGGAAUGCCCCUUGAUGGCAAGAGUGUCUCCGAAGGGAAGAAAUUGGCAGACUCCAAGAAGUCAGAUGUCACCACGCCCUGUCAGUGUAGAUGCCACAGCAAGGCCAGCUGUGUCUCAACUAACACCAAACCAGCUGUUGUGGACCUCACUGUGUCGCCCAACAAGGUGGAGGUGGCACAGCCAUCCUGUCCAGCAUCUGAAACUAAGUCUUUACCAGAGGAGUUGAAGUCCAAGAAACAGUCAUUAGCCUCCCGUCUGGCCGAAAGGCUCCAGACCUCCAUCUGUGACAGUGAGAAGGACGAAUUUCGACCAGAAAAGAAACGAAUUCGGUCCUCAGCUUUUGAGCAGACCCCUAAGAGGAGGUGCCUGGAGCGUGGAGUAGUGUUCCUUGAUGAUGAACCAGAGUUGAUGCCAGGACCCCAGAGUUGGAACAUGGAGUUGAGCAGCCAGUCCCAGGCUGUGGGUACAGAACGUACCUCAGAAUGCUGUCCCCCCGUGUCCUGCUCCUUGUGUCCUUGUGCUUUGGCUAAAGGAGGUCUUACGGGCAAGGAAAAGGACGGAGACAAAAAGAUCCCCAAGAUUUUCUUCGGCACACGCACACACAAGCAGAUUACGCAGAUCGCCCAUGAGCUGAAGCGGACGCUUUACUGCGGUGUGCCCAUGACCAUCUUGUCCAGCAGAGAACAUACCUGUGUCCACCCGGAUGUGGCGCCUCAUGCCAACCGCAACGAACGCUGCAAGGAUCUGCUUAAGGAAAGGUCAUGUCGCUUCUACCACAAUGUCAACAAGAUGCGGGACCAAAACACACUGCAGCAGGUUCAUGGACUCCGUCAGGCCUGGGACAUUGAGGAUCUGGUGCACCUGGGUGGGCGCAUACGCUCAUGUCCCUACUAUGCUGCCCGUGAGCUCAUGCAGGACGCCCACAUUGUCUUCUGCCCUUACAAUUAUCUGCUGGACCCGCUCAUCAGGGAAAGUAUGGAGAUCAAUCUGCAAGGCCAGAUUGUUGUGCUUGAUGAGGCACACAAUAUCGAGGAAUGUGCCAGGGAGUGUGCCAGCCUCACAUUGGACCAAAACAGCCUGCUGAUGGCUAAAGAGGAGCUUGAUGGCAUGGUCACCCACAACAUCCGACGCUCCCACCAUGAGCCACUCAGGGCUCUCUGCUGUAGUCUGUCCAACUGGAUCCAGGAGAGCCAAAGUUUGCUAUCAGAGCAGGACUAUGAGAGUGCCUGUAAAGUGUGGACGGGCAGUGAUAUCUUGGGUAUCUUCCAUGGUCUAGGCAUCACUGCUGACAAUUUUGGCAUGCUGCAGAAACACUUAGAAGCAGUAUUGGAGAAAGAAGGGUACCUUGGUUUGGUGAAUGGUAAAGAGGAGACAGUGCUGGUCCCAACCAUCAGCUCAACCACCGCCACUGUCCUCAAAAAUCUCUUCCUUGUGUUUGGCUUCCUCUACAGGGAAAACUGCAGGUUUGCUGAUGACUACCGGGUUGCCCUGCAGCAGAGCUACACUUGGACCAACCAGCCCCAGCCAGACAUGCCUAAUUCUAAGGGCUUCUUUGUUAGGCCACAGCAAAGACGGCGCCAGAGUGCCCGUGUCAAGAUCAUGGUCCUCACACUCAGCUUCUGGUGUCUCAACCCUGCUGUGGCCUUUGCUGACUUGACAAAGUCAGUACACAGCAUCGUGCUUACCUCGGGCACACUGUCCCCUAUGAACACGUUCUCCUCAGAACUGGGGGUUAAGUUCUCCAUCCAGCUGGAAGCCAGCCAUGUUAUCAGCAAGUCCCAGGUGUGGGUGGGAACUGUAGGUGAAGGGCCCCAAGGCAGAAAACUGUGUGCCACGUUUCAGCAUUUUGAGACAUACACCUUCCAGGAUGAAGUUGGUGCCCUGUUGCUUUCCAUCUGUCAAGUCGUGGCCAAGGGCGUCCUGUGCUUCUUACCUUCUUACAAGAUGCUGGAUAAGCUGCGAGAUCGCUGGACAAACACGGGUCUCUGGGAGAAGCUAGAGAAAUGGAAGACUGUGAUCACCGAGCCCCGUCGUGGUGGGAAGGGGGACUUUGACGACUUGUUGCAGAUAUAUUAUGAUGCCAUCAAAUACUGUGGGGAAAGAAAUGGAGCACUGUUGAUUGGUGUCUGCAGAGGGAAAGUAAGCGAAGGGUUGGACUUCACAGACGACAACGCCAGGGCAGUGGUAACCAUUGGCAUUCCCUUCCCAAACAUCAAAGAUCUACAGAUUGGGUUAAAGAUGGAAUAUAAUAACCAGCACUGCAAAACCAGAGGCUUGCUCUCAGGCAGGCACUGGUACGAAAUCCAGGCUUAUCGCGCUAUAAACCAGGCACUUGGAAGAUGCAUCCGCCACAGGAAUGACUGGGGAGCACUUGUCUUGGUGGACAACCGCUACAAGAGCAAUCCUGACAAGUACAUCACAGGUCUCUCCAAGUGGGUGCGCCAGCUGGUCCGGCAUCAUGACACCUUCAAUGAAGCCAUGCGGUCACUUGCGGCAUUUUCCGACUCUCAGAAGGGGGCAGAAGCACCCCAUGCAAGUAAGCAGAACUUGACCUCCAUUUCGUCCUCAGCCAGUCACAGCUCAACAUCCACAGAAGAGCUGCCUGUGUGUUGCCUCAGCUCAGAUGAUCCUUCCCAGGCCUCAGAGCCACGAACACCUCAGUCAGUUGUCCAACAGAACAAAGACAAUCCUCACAGCACGGACUCUAGAGCUCUCUCCGCCAUCUCUGUCCUGUCUGUGGGACAUGGACAAUAUGGAAAUGCAGAUUCUCACAUGGGGCUGCAUCGCUCCCCAGCAGAGCCCCUCCUCCAGCAAACCACUUGGGCUGAAGAUCCACUGAGCACCAGUAUCUCUCUUCCUGUGCAGCACCUUUGUACCUCUCCCCCUCUGAGCAGCUCUCUCUGCAGCAAGAUGCCAAUCUCUACAACAGCAGUCUCAAUUAUUGAACCUGCUAUUUGCACUGAGGGCAAAGAGAUUCAGGAGAACUCUGUCAUUCAAGAGAGGAGACCGUUAUGUUGUCCACAACAGAGUACCAGAGAGGGAUCCAGUGAAAUUAAAGAAGCACAUCACACUCUGGCCCUUAAGCUCUCUGCAGUCACCGUUCCUCCUGCCGGUGAAUGUGAACAGCCCUCAGUAGACAACAUAGCCAAGUCUGAAGAAAGUGAAGUGGAGGAAGAUCCGACAAUCUUCUUUACUCCAGAACUCUUUGAAGCUGAGGAUAAUAGCUUGUCAGAGGGAGGAGGGAGUCCAGAGUCAACACAUGGGACAGUUACAGCAGUAGGCAACGUGGCUGUAUCUAAUUGGACACCUCAAGUGCUGCCAGAAGAUGCUGCGGACUCAGACCGUGUUCUAAGCGACAAGGACGGUAAUGCUUCCGGUGUUGAUGGCCAGGGGGAUGGUGUUCUCUCAGUUGGAGAGGACAGUUCACACCUGGAUCAAACAGCCCGGGAGGGUAUAUUGCAGAGUGGGAUAAGCUGCAGUGGGCAGGCAAAAAUGCUGUCCCAUGCAUUAGAAGAAGCCAGAGCCCAGCAGAAAGGUCAGGAGGCCGAGCAGAUGGAGGGUAAGGGUAGAAUGAGAGGAAUCAGGACAAACAGACUUUCCAGAUCUAGACAAAAGGCUCCCUGUGCUCCAUCAGGUAAACUUUACUAACUGUGUCAUGGUUAUGCCUCAGGCAGUGAGCCUACAGAUUAUUACCAUAAAUGAACAGGCUUCAUCAUGGGCACAGCCAGGCCAGCUCACGUCUCAGAUCAUUCAACCUCAUCUACAUGACAGCAUGGCCUUUUCAAGGCCAUUAAUGCCAUCUAACUGCUGUUAUCAGUUAAAUACCGCAUAACCAAGUAACAUUAUUUAAAUUGCAGUUUUGAUGUUAAUUCACUUUCCAGUUUUAACAGACCGUUUAGAUGUGAGAAUGAGUUUGCCAUUAUUUUCCAGGAAAACGCUGCAUUGUUCAGUUCUGGGUUUUAAUGAGGUAAAUUCAGUGUCUGUAAGAAUUGUGGGGGCUGUAAACGCGCUUGACUUAACCUAAAUAAGAGACCCUGAUUUUUUACAUUAACAUUUCAGUCUUCCAAACAUAAUAAUCAUGUCUAUAAACGUGAUGGUGUUUAGGGCAGGGGUGGAGGAACAUGUGCUCAUCAGCACGUUCAAAUGUGGGUGACCUCAAGAAAUAUAUUCAUAUCUGUUACUCGUUAUUUUUAUUGAUGUUAUUUUUAUUUCAUGUAUAGAAAUAAAAGAUCUGAUUUUUAC